CAGCCUGCCAGAGGAGAGCAGUCGUGCUCCCAGUGGAAGAUGGCGGUGGGGAUGCUGUCUGGGGCUGGAGCACAGUGCUUGAUUUGCACUAAAAGCGAACACGGGUGGAUUUAAAGGACAAAAUGAACGUAUUCCCGUAUCUUCUCCUCGAGCUGUGGACUCUUUUUGGGCUUCUUUAACUAGAGCCUGCUGCCCUUUUUUUCUGGCAGGAAUACGGGCGUCUUGUCGGGGAUUCACAGACUAUACAUACACAGACAGGGUGGGAGUGAAAAGUGGACGAAAAUGUCGGAUUCAAAGGUAAAAGUUGCAGUGAGAGUUCGGCCCAUGAACCGCAGGGGUAAGUGUUACUAACACGAUGAUUUCUCUCAUCUUUCUCUCUCUCUUUCCUGUCUCGGCGCAGCCAUGCUACGUUAUCAUAAAGUUUUGAUUUCUUCGCCAUUGCUGCUUUCAGCUCGAGUUACGAGGCAGGAGUCAGGCUUGAGUUUGGUUUGAAGACGGUGGCAGAAAGUGGAAGAAAAAAGAUUUUUUACUUUUCACAUUCACUACAACCUUAUCUCCACAGAAAUUGAACUGAAUACAAAAUGUGUCGUGGAUAUGGAGGACAACCAAACAGUUCUACACCCACCACCUUCAAAUGCAAAAGGAGAGAACAGGUAAACAAAGCUGAAAUACUGCCAACAUUUGUAUUUUCAGAUAUAGUUAGAGUAGCAGAAGGAAAACUUUGCUAUUGCUCUUCAGCAUCACUGUCAUUAUCUGAGGAGAAAUGUAAAAAAAAAAAAAAGACCAACUUUGUACAUUGAGGCUGAGUGUGUUUGGGAAAUGUCUGGUAAGUGAAAGAGGAGAAAAAUGCUGGCUGCACCCUCACUGUAAUAACUCUAUCCCACCCUGGUUGAAAUGCAAUCACAAUCACAUUCAAGUUUAGCAUAUAAACUGCCUCUCAUGUAGGCCUCUGGACCACAAGUCUGACUCAGAUGUCUGAUAUCUCAUCAGCUCAUUUUCCAGCGCACAUGAUCUAUGUGAAGAAAAUUAUCAUGGCUAAGUGUCAGACUGUCUCCAAACAUGAAUGGCAGAAGGUGAAUCUAAACAAAAAUGCUUCUGCUGCUGCUGCUGCUGAGGGCAUCAUGUCUACCACCCACCUGCAGUAACAUGAUAAUAGGUUAUGUCAUUGAUGUGAAACUUCCAAUACUCAUCACCUCAGCAUAAUCAUGGCUCUGUAGAUAUCAUAGAAUAACUUUGAAUCUUGAAUAUCUGUGUUGAAUUUUGAGGCUAGAAAAGAUGUAACAGCGUGUCUGACACAUGAUGACGCCUAUUAGACAGAACAGAUUAAUGUUGAGCCUCAGGCGAUUGCUGUAAAUCUCCUGAGCUGGAACUAGAUCAACGUAUGUCUUUUUUGAAGUGCCAUGAGAAAAAACUUUAUCAGGCACUUUGUCUGAAAUUGUUGGGAAGGUGCAGCGGAGGUCAAAAAAAGAAGAAGAAGAAAGUUUGAGUUUUGGCUGGUUGAUCAGACUGUAAUGAGGAGAUGUCUGGAGUGACACAGCAUGUAGGCUAAUGAUGGCUGUAAGCUUGUGAAGUCACUGAAACAUACUGCCUCUCAGUAAGUCUCAGAAAUGCAUCAUAAAUCAGAGCUGACUGAGUUUUUCAAUUUUGUGCUUUUCUGGUUCGUUUGCUUUUCUCUGCCGUUAGUGUCACACAUGAUUGAACAGCUGACCUGAUUACCCACAGGCGCAUAUACAUUCAAAGGACACUCAUUUGGGAAACAUCCAAGAAUAUCUAUCUUUUCAUAUCAUUUAUUUAUGGCUAAUUCUGUUUACAGACUAAAAAAAGAAAGGCUAAUUGUAACAGUAAAAAAACCUGUGUGGGUGCUGAAAGUAAAGCCAAGGCUUUUCCCAUGGCCGGCAUCCAGCCUUGUUAAACAGUAACACUUUCUCUGCUGCUUUAGUAACCAACAGUCAGCAUUAAACGGUAAUGGGCUUGCUCCGCUCUGCACAUUAACCUGUAUUUAAGGCAAUUAUCAAAAUUAUCAAAAGUGCCACAAUAGCAGAGUUCCAGGCAAUUAAACAAACAUGCUCAAAGCUAACGUUGGGUAACGUUAUGCGGGACAGGAUGCUCAACACAGCCAAACAAAAAGCUGUUAUUAGUCAGAGAACAAAUGUUCUCUGUGUCUGCAGAGUUUUACAGAUAAGUUUUCAGUUUUAAGGUUGACUCUUGUGGUUCACUAUCUAGAGAUCGGAACCUUUAACUGUUCUUCACUGAGACCUGACAUUACUGCAUUAACAAACCACUAUCUUUAAAAAGGAAGAAAUCUCAAGCAGACCUAUUGGUGAUCAAUCAUCUGACUCAACCAGAUGAGUCAAGAAUGAGUGAUAGAUUGACAGAAAGAGAAAAAGAGCAAUGGAGACAGAGAGACCAACACACAGCAAUGUUAUUGCAGAAAUGUCCAUCAUAAUUCCUCCAAACUUGGCGUGUACAAGGCCAGUCUUUUAAAAUAACUGCAGUUGAAUCAAUAUUUGUUUUCAGGUACUACUUUCAGCAGCCGCAGUGUGACUCUGGUCUUCUGCAGUUAUGGUCCAGUUUGGUUUUAUUAUGUCACAUCUCUUUUCUAUAGUGUAGUCCAGGCAUAUAAUUACUUGUUAACAUUUCAGAGCCGGUUCUGUGUGUGUGUGUUUUGGGUCUCUGUGUUUAGGCUGCCAUGGUUUUCUUAAACCAUGUAAUUUUCUUCUCUCUAGCUUGUGCAGCCACAGAAGGGGAUACCCUAUUCACUAAGACUGGGCCUUGUUUUGAAGACACCUGUUCCUGUGUGUUGGAAAUGUGUCAGAUUUGUGGGUAUUAGCAUGCCAAAUAUGGCUGCAGAGCCAAGAUCAUGGGAACUUUUUCUCCCUCAUGGGAACUCUCAGGCACUGCCCCACAAACUAAAGAGAAAGAAGAGUUAUUUUUAUUGUGACGCAUCUAAAAUAAAACUCUUGCUUGUCCCCUAAGACUGAAUAUUCCAUAUAUGUAGAUUUAAAACAGUAGAAAAAGAAGAAAAUAGCAAAGCAGUGUUUGUUUUUUUCCUGGAACCAUAAUUUCUCUGGUAGUUUAGCUCAGCUCCGAAAACUACAAAAGAUGACGUCAUUGCAAUGAAAUACAAAAGUUAUGCCUCCAGCGGGAUAAACUUGGAGCCGCCUCAAUCUUGGAUAAUUAAAUAAUUAGAAACUGAAACUAUUCCAGAUUGAGUUCCCUUUUUAAUCUGGCCUUGAGAGACCACACACCACUUUGAAACAUACAAGUCACCUAAAGAAUCUGAUGGUAUGAGGGGUUUUCUUUGAUGGCUUAACCUCAUUCUUUGCACCUUCAAGCAUUAUAGCAACACUCGUGACCACCCCCCACCCCCUCUCAUAUUUCCCUGAGAAAUGAACAAUAAUCCCAGCAGUGGGCAUAUGAAACCUGGAUUGUGACUUCAGGGCAACAGGUUAAGUUUCCCAAGCUUUAUCUUUCAUCUGCCUGUUAAGUUGGCACAAAUGACAUUUUUGUAAUGAGAACCUGGGAAAGUAGUUCUGUUUUCACGCGCCAGCCUGCUCUCCUCUGGGGUUUCCACACAAAGACAGUGGGGGUGGAGAGGUUCAGAAAUACCUCAGGCGGCUGUCUGCACAGAGGAUGAGUGGUGGAGCAUCAUGACAAGAAAAUACCCUUCCACUCACUCAGUGGGGCCGUACAACCUCUAUCAUGCCCCAGCAUGUCAGUUUGCCCGGAGCUAGACCAUCAAGUCUUGUAAUGUAAUGUAAUGUGUGUCUCAGUUCACACUCACAGAUUACUUUUAAAUCUGAAUCAGAGCUUCAUUUGUACCGUGUGGGUAUCACUCUGUGUAUUCUGUCUCCUUCUGAAAUGUGUUUGGACUGUGCAUCUAACUUUGUUUCUGUUGCUGCGGCUCCACGGUCGAGUAUAUCAUCAAAAUGAUCAGAGGAAGCUCAGGAAGUUUAUCUGAUGAUGUCUGCAACAAGGCUUGUAAUUUAGACUCUAAUCUCCUUUUCAUUGCUAAUGGUACCAAAAGCUCAGCUGGGAUUGUCUUCACUAUCCACUUUUUUCCAAUAAUAUUUCUGGAUUUUGAGGAGUUUCACUAAUGAAGUCCAAUCUAGUUCAUUUAUAUAGCACAUUAAAAAAACAAUCAAGUUUAGCAAAGUGCUGCACAGUGCAGUAAGAUAAGUUAAAACACACAGAACAUAAAACGCUGUCUGAGAAUAAAAUAAGAGAAUCAUAAUAAAACCACAUAAAAACAACGAUGGACAAAAUGGCAUCUUUAUGUUACAAAGUAGUGUUUGCCCCCCUUGUGUUCUUGCGUUUUGGGGUUCUUGUAUCUGUUUAUAUUGAUUGGGGAAUAAUAAAGUAAAAAGAAAAACAAAACAUAAAAACACCUUAAAAAUAAAUAGCUAAAAUAAAAUAAAAACACUGUGAGAGCAAAUAAAAAUCCAAUAAAAGUACAGAAAGAGACGGAGACCACUAACUCUCAUCAACUCCUAGGUACCACUUGCACACGCUCCCUUCUCUCUGCAUGGUCCAUUCUUCCAUGUCUAUGACUAUCUUCAUAUAAUAGAGACAUUUUAAAAAGAGAAAUAAAGAAAUUAAUAAAAAGAGAAUAGAUUUUAUAUUUUUGAAAAUAGCUGAAUCAUGACUCUGUUUGUCUUUUCUGUGCAGUGAAUAUAAAGACAGUUUGCCAUCCAGGCUUAACUUACCCUGUCCAAAUAUUGUUUAAUAAAUGUGCAUAAUUUGUAGAGAUGUGCCAAUGUAUUGGUGGACCAAUAUCAGCCAAUAUCAGCCUCAUCAAUAACAUCAGCACACAGCACUAUGAACGAAUGCUGAAGCCAGUGUAUGUAUAAAGUACCCUCCAAUAUAGUCGAGCCAACUGUUGGUCCAGAGGAGAGGAUUUUGGGGGGUGUUUAUUCAUCUAUUUUCUUUUGCUGUUUCCACCACAGUCUUUUGUUGACUUUCAUGAACAACCUAAUGAGGUCAACACAUGUCCUAUAAAAGCCUUAACAGGUACCCUCUAAUGAUGUCAGUCUGUUUGUUAACCUUUAUGAUAGACAGAUGUCAGUGACACAAAAAGAAGUUGAGUAUUAGUGACAAUCUCUCACUUACUGUUACAGUUUUAGAGGGGAGUUCUUUAUACGCCCAAGUCACACAGGACCAUCAUCAUGCUUUCCAAAACAAUCCUUUACUGAAUGACAAUGCUGCCUUGUGCUUUGGCUGACCUCAGGAAUGUUCCUUUUGUCUUCCCUUUUGCUCCUGAUGUGCAAAUAAUCAACCUUUCCAUUUAACAACAUGUUGUUCUCAGAGUCGCUCGGCCUCAAAUCCACACAUAGGGUUUUAUUCAUGCAUGCUAUUAAGAGAAAGUGUUGCAUGUCUCUGAUGAAAUAAUUGCUGCUCUCUGUGACUGUCCUGUGUUUGUGUAGAGGGCGGGACAUUGUUUACAUCUCGAUCCGGAAUUGAGAAAAGAUGGCGUCUUCCUUCUUUGUUGAGCCUGUGUUUCAUUACACUCAUGUGGCUUCGCAUUUUGAGUGCAGCCAAAAAAACCCACUCAGACAUUUCUCCUUUAAUGACUGAAUUCCCCUCUGUAUGUUUCUAUCAGAUGAGGCUUUUCAAGGUGAAGAGGUUCACAUGAAUACACUUUUUGGUCCCACUCAAACCAGGUUUCCACUCUCUGUUUGUCAUGUCUGUAAUCAGUGGCUUUAGUGACUUUAGUGUGUUUUGCACUUUAUGAGCACGCUUGCGCUCGCCUUUGUGGUCUAUUGUCCCGAGCAGCCUCAUGGUGAAUUAUAUUGAGAUAAGUGACAUUCAGCAAGCAGACAGGGUCAAAGGAGGUGUGUCCUGAUAGUAAACGUGUCACUCUGUUUCCCAUGUGAAGAAAGCCUGCAACAUAUUGAACAAUUUAAUGAACUUAACCUCUUUCUGGUUGUUUUUUUCCCUGUGAAACUAACCAGAUUCAAGCCUUUAGAGCAGAUGUGGUUGGUGUUGUAACUAACACACACUUGGCCUGUAGCCUGCCGACCCAGCCUGUCACAGUUGUGUCAGAAAUGCCGGAGAGGAUUAAAUGAGACCCAGCCUCAUCGUAUGUUUUGUUGUGAACAUGUGUUAUGGAAACUUUGCAGUCCACCCAGAAGUCGGUAUGAGCGUCAUGUGUCCCGCUGAUGGCAGUACUUCCUCUCCUGAAUGUUUUAGAGAUCCUUGGCUUUGGCUUCAUUUUUGAAUUACUUUGACUCAUGCUGCUGGUGGGUUGUCUCGCCUCCAUGUUUACUGACGUUACUAAGCGACAGCUGUUUCCUAGAGACAGGAACUUUCUGAAGUUAUGUGGAUGAGCUAAUGAGUGAUAUCCCUAAGAUGCUACUAGAUAUUGUCAUGGGAAGCUAAUUUUAGCAUUUAGGACGAUCCCUGAAAGAGUUCAAGUGUUGUACUGAGAGGCCAAUUGAGGUACUUGGAUUUCAGAGUGGCUUUCUGUUUCCUAUUCAGUGUAAUGUUGAAAGCCUUUAUAUUUACCACACUAAAAAAAUAAAUAGAGUGUUGAGCAACCAUUGGGUUCAGGAUCUCACUGUUCAAAAUAUUUUUUUUUUUGCCAGAGAGGACGGAACAAACUCUUCAAAGUUUUGGCACGUGAAAAGGCAAAAAGAUCCUUUUUCUGUCCAUGCUAGCACUAUGAGCUCAUAUUCAUGGAGUAAACCAGGUUAAUUCAAAGAAUAAGCAUUCCUGAUUGGUGAACACCCAGCAAAAAAAGUUUGCCUUGAAAUCCAUCCACAGUUACUGGACACAGACGUGUUCGCAGCCUGAGGAGCUACCGGGCCCCGAUUAUCUAUCGUAGGGAAAAGUGGAGCGAGACUCUUUGCUGCAAGCCACAUGACAACAGAGCUAGUAGCAUCAUUUGUGAAGGUGUGUCAACUGGAAAUGUUCGUGGAAAAAAAAGAGCUGAAGUCCAGUUGACCUUGUUCAACAUGACCUUCAGUGGAGGAAGUUGGUUUGAUGUGAUUUAUACUAAAAACGCAGGUUAAAAGUCUGAUAUGAAUCUGAUGGAACAGGAGCGUUUCUGACUAUGGGAUGAGACGGUCUAUUUGGGUCCUGCUCACCUACUAAUAUGCAUAAUCACCCACUCACCAUACCUUAUCUUUUUUUUUUUUUAAGUAUUUUUUUUGGCAAUUUUUUAUUUUAUUGACGAGAUAGUUCGGUAAUUUGGGGAGAUAGAGAGAGGGGGGAGCACAUGCGGCACAUGGUUGGGGCCAGACUGGAACCCGUGAUUGCUGCGGGGACCAUGGUCCCCAUAUUCGAGGCGCACUAACCUGCUCGGCCAUUUGCGCACCCCCACCAUACAUUAUCUUUAACUCAAUGUGUCUCUGACUUGAUGGUCAUAAAAGGUUGUGUUAAGUACGUUUGGGGUUUCAUUAUUAUGUUGUAGAUUGUUGUUUGCAGUUCUGCCUGUUUACUUUUUUCACUCAGUUUAUUAAGCGGUUUAUUUCAUACUCAUGGCUCUUUGUAUUAAUUUUAAAAAGCUCAAAGGGAAGAGAAAAGGAACAGCUUAGUGUGCUCAACACAAUUUUGCUUCAGGUCUUUUGUGUUCAACUUAUAUUCAGGUGGAAAUGCAAAGAUUAGGGGUCUUAUUUAGUACAUGUAUGAACGUGCUUUAACUAUACCUGUUUUUAUUUCUUCUUUAACUGUAAUAUUAUUGAAAAUGCAGGGUUUGUACUUUAAAUUGACAAACGUUUCACAUCAUAGUGUUGGAAGUUACAUAAACGAGAUCAGUUUCUGCACUCCAGGCACUCCAGAUGGUUCAUAUCUACUGCUGAUAUCUGACAAGAUAAAACUUCAGGAGUUUCAGAAAUUGUUUGUGUGUUCAGACUUCGCUGUCUCAGCGGCUUGAAUACUGCAGGUCUGUUUCUGUCAUCAGCAAGCAAACUUCCUUCAGUGCUGAUCCCUGAGUAUUUUUGAAUGUCCGGUAACAGUCUCGUUCCACAACAGUCACCUUGUCUUCUGAACCACUUAUGCGCUUAUGCAAGUUUCAAGUUGUUUUAACAUUAGGUGUCUUGAAAUCCGCCGGGGUUAACAGGUCAAAGGAAAGAGCCACCCUCCUCAUUAUAACCCUGCUCGGCAUUUCGCCACUCUCUCCUUUCUGUGUGUGUGUGUGUGUGUGUGUGUGUGCGCGCGUGUGUGUGUGUGCAGUAGGGUGACCUAUGCUGUGCUCUGAGUGGGUGGAGACCAGCGUGUCCUGUUCUAAACAUACUGGAAGACCAUCUGAAAUGUUAGAUUGUCGCCCGUGAGAGCACAGCAAGCUGUAACUCAACACCCUCACUUACACACUAACACGCACACACUGACACACUCACACACACACACAACUCUGAGGGAAGGUUGUUCUGAAAUGUGAUUGUCUGAAGCAGGUCGGCAGCUAAACAGGGAAAGUCACACGUGUGGUUUAAUGGAGGUUAAAAGGGUGUAGGAGAGGAAUCGCCGCAGCAACAGAUCAAGAGGAGGAAUUUGGAUGUACGGGGAUAUGCUUGAACAAACUAUUUUUGUGUGUGUGUGCACUCCACAGAUCACUGUUGUGAAUGUCUGCUCAAUGGGGGGUGGAUCUCAUCUUUGUGAUUUACAUAUUACAUUUGAGCAUCAGGAUUAUAUCAGCAGAAAGCCAUGCCAAGCCCGCUGAACCACAUCCGCAAAUCUGGUGAUUUAUCCUCCAUGCAUCGAAAAAACAGAAGAAAUCACAACAUUGAAAGAUUUGAAUUGAUGUGUUUGGGGCUUGCUCCAAGGAUUACAGCACAAACAUUAAUCCAGCGGACAAUUCGAACCCGCCUGCUCUAGACCUAUUAGUUUAAAGGUAUGUUUACAGAUUGCAUUAAAAUAUCGUAUUUGUCUGAUACUUCCAUGAGUGUGGGCGUGUAAUGUUGUAUUUUUUAGGGAAGGUAUAUGCUUCAAUGAGUGAUAACAUAAUAUUAAUCCAGCGUUGUGCCUACUGGGCUAGAAUAGCUCAGGUUUUCAGUGGCAUAAUAACCCAGUGGCCUUAAUCCGGCUCUAUAACCACAGGGGGGAUUCCAGCGCAGCUCUCCCACCCUCAUACCUUACUUUUGGGUACCAGCGGCAUAUACUGUUUAAGUCUAAGUUGUAACACGCAGAGAGAUGCCAAAUUUAUGGCUCUGACUUUCAACAAGGAGAAAGAAAAAAAAAACCACAGUCCAGUUCUGGAAUAGUAUCUAUAACUAAAAGUGCAAAUCAGGAUUUUACAGAGAUCCCAGUGUUCCCUGUUACUCUCUCUGCAAGGAUAUGAGAUCAGUUCAGACGAGGAGAAUCAUUCUGUUGUUGGAGUGUGAGAGGCCAAUUUUCCCCCACAGCCAAGUAAAAAUCAUUCAUGGUUGUCCUGGCAUCAGGUAGCUGGAGGCGUGGGAGCCUAAGCGUGCCCUUGAUGACGCACACUUUGAAGCAUGCAGAACCAGCAUCCCCCACCUCUGACUUCAGCCAUGCCCUGCCGGCUCUGCACUGUCCGUCUGUAUCUGCCUCUAAGGGGGGCACAAUAUGAUGCUAUGUGGCACUUCUGUGCCAUACAUGUGUGCCACACACUUGUUUAACCAGAGCGCAGACUUUAACGGGCCGUGCAGCCGCGACUUGACAUGCACAAUGAUUAUUAGGCAAAUAGCCUGUGGGCUUCAUGCAUGAAGCAUUUGAAGCUGUGCUGAGCGAUGUUUGCGAGUGAGCUGCAACCACAAAGAUCUCUCAACUGGAAUGACCAGAGAUGAAAAUAAGAAAGGAAUUGAUUUAUUCAAUAAUGUAGGAUUGUGAAGUUGUGUUUUUAGAGUUAAAAAGGGUUAGAAACAGUGUUUUUCUCUUCUAAACUGUGACGGUGUGCUGGUUUGUUUAGCUAUAUAAAAAGAAAUGGAAUAUCUUUGGGUUCUGAAGCAUUGCAUAGACUAAACUGAUCAUUCAAGAGAGUUAUAUUAACACUGUUUUUUGUGUUUUAAGUUCUCAUAGUGAAAUCUAUCAUAAGUAAUGUUAUGGUAUUUAUAGAAAGUAGGAUUGGAAAACACUGGAUUUCUAUAUGAAUAACUACUUAUGAUUCCUGCAAGUAACUCAUAAAUGAUCAAAUCAUCUUGGUCUUAACUGGAGUCACAGAAAAAAGGGGACAGAGCUUACAUAGUUCCUACAAGUACAUGAUUGCUGAGAAGGAUAGAGGUUUCUCAGGGGAUUAGAAAGAUCGUGUCUACAGUAGAGUGGGAGAACUGGAGCCUAAUACGCGUAUUAGUUAUCGAAUGGGCGGCCCGAUCAUUGAGAUUGAGAGAAAAGAGCUGAAGGAGCGAAGCUAACAGCUUUGUACAAGCUUGAAAUCAUGUAAAGUUUGAAAUACUGUGCCAAGACUCUGUGAGGAAAGAGUAAGUCUCUGAAAUCCUAAAUAUAGCCAGUUUGAAAUAGUUCCUUCCAUUGUCUUGUUCGGCAUACCCUGCAUACCAGAUUUGGUGACAUACUGUAUGUACAAUCCAUGAAACAAUGAGAAAAAGUCAGUCAACCACAGCAGCAGCAGCAAAGACCCCGCUCAGUUCCUCUCGCUAAAGGGUCCAGACUGCACGCAUUCCAUGACUGUAUGUCUUUUGUGUCCAUAUUUAAUGUGUCUGUGUCCCUGUCGCUCUCUUUCCGGUCUUGUGUCUGUUGUCCUUUUGUUCUCUGUAGGGAUACAUCUGUUCUCGGUCUUUAUCCACUUCUCAUGCUUCACAUGGCUUAAGCCGCAGCCCCUCUAUUUGUUGUUAUAGCUCUCUCAUGUGUUUCUUUCAUCUUUGACAUUUCCACUUUGUCGCAGCAAUGACAUAUAAAAACUGAUGAGUUUUUUUUUUUUUUUACCUUCUAUGUUUAUAUUCACUGGGCCCUGGUCAGAUGUCCUUGACCUGCACGGUGUGCUGCAGAGAAGUGUCUCUUUUUGACUCCGCUCAGACGUCCCCUGUUCAGCUCUUUGUCUACUUUGAUUAAGACCCGGUCUCAGUGGCUGAGUGUGGCCCAGAUUCAGAUUCAGUAUGAACCUAAACCAGGCCCUCUUCUUUUUCACUCCUCUGCCCACUCACUUUCUCUGUAUCUGCUCAUAAUUAUAAUCAUCUUAAGCACAGCUAAUAGCUCAAAGGAGAGCUGUUCAUAUUUCCUAUCUGCCUCUUUUGAUUUUCCGUAUCUUUCAAGAAAAGGGCAGAGGAGUAUUUUUGUGAGUGUUGACACAGAGCUCUCUAGGCGUGGUGUUGUUGGUGACUCAGCUCAGCUUGUGUGAGACGCUUUGGUGCAGUGUUUCAGUCUCCCUGAAGCUUCCUGCUCUGUAUUAGUUACCAUCUGAAGGUGAUGUCCACCUCUGUCUCUGUGCCAGGAGACGCCUGCCCUGCAAACGGGAUCUGAAGGACAGAUUUGUGGACACUCGGCUGGCGUUUGUGUCGUUCUGCAACCAGUUAAAUGCAUGUGGGGCAUUGUGUAUUGUAGAUUAUUGAUACCCUUUGGUUCAGGCUACAAACUUGGUCAUUGUUCAUAUGUUCAUUAUGUUUACCCUCCAACAAGAGAAAAGGGACAAUGCAAGACGGGUGUGAAAAAAGGACAUGAGUGAAAAGUGUUUCAUUUUACCACACCGUUAUUCCACUGUAACUUUACUUCAGAAAUUUAUAUCUAACUAUAUCUCUGCUCCGUGGUGGAGAAGUAUGCAAAUAUUCUAUACAGUUGGAAAUUUGUUCAAUAUAUGUACAAUGUUGAUGGAAUAUUGAUAUUUGAAAUCAGUAAAAAAGAAAAUUUAAAAAAAAAAAAAAAAAAAAAAAAAAAAAACACGUGGAAAAAAAGUGGUGUUUUCUCAGCCAAACAGUAAGAACUGGAGGAAAGGCAGGGGCUCAAAAUUUAGAUGUGAUGCAGAUUCAAAAGUCUGUAAUAAAUGCAGCAGAAGAAACAGUGUGUUACAAAAGGAAAAAUGUUAAAGUAAAGUAAGAAAACACACAAACCAAAACAACGUGCUGCAUAUCAAAUCAUGAGGUUUUCUUGAUUUUUAGGCCUAACUUAAAUUCUCCUCCUACAGUUUAAAGAGGAAUCCUACAUAACUCUGUUCUUCGUAUACACGUGUAUUUUACCUCUUUGUCCCUUGUUCUGGCAGCUGCUAAUGCUAAGUGUGGUUUCCCCGACCUGGCCUCCCUGUUAAGUCCACAUGCAUAAGAGCUAUUUACUCAACAGAGUCAGUGGGACAUUGAAUCCUAAAUCUCUUCCCUUCCUCGCGCUUCACUGGCCCAAUUAUGAACCCCAUCACAGCAACACCUUCCACCAGGAAAUGCCACUGUGUUAAAGUGAAUGAAUGAGUGGAUAACUGAGUGACAGGGUGAAUGGAAAAAGUCACGACAGGAAUUUAGGAAAUGCAGAAAUAAAGGAUGUAAUCGAAAGUUUUACAAAAAUGAAGAUGUUAAAAAUGUUAACACAGACUAUGAGAAGUUCCUGCAGCUGCUUUUACUGAGUGUGAACAUGCUCUGACUUCUAAACUGGACUUAUACUAACCAUUUUUCUCUCCCUUUUUUUCCUGGUUAUCCUCGGACCCUUCUGUUUAUGAUGGAUUUUCCCACCCACGCAUCAGGAAACAAUCUAAGGUAUGUAACUUAAUCUGAUUUUGUUAAUCCAUCACAUCAAAAGAGUAGAUGUUUCAUGUUUAUAGAAACACUUGUUUGUUACCUCAUAAACAGAGACUAAAAUCAUACGUAACUGCACAGAAACACUCUUCCCCAGAGAGGCAUCCUGCACAAGUUGAUGGACUGUUGUUUUUGUAGCGUUGAAGGCAUUAAUAGAGAGCAUUUUGGGAGUUCGGUUGGUCAGCAGGAGCCGGAUAGAUGUCCGUGUGAAUGUGUCAGCGCUCUAAGAUCUCGUGAACACCCACAAAGGCUCCACAAUGAGAGAGGGAUGAGCGCGGACACUGGGGCAGUGUGUGUGCGCAUUCAAAGCUGCAUUGUUGGAGUGCACCCCCACUUCCCCCCUUGACAACACGCUGGUGACUAGCUCAGAGAUGUUACACACACCAGGGAUGGGCUUUGUGCUCGGUACACUCAGCAGCUGACAGAACCGGACAGCAUUAGCGUGCAUGGUCUCUGGGGCCCAUGAACCUGAGUUACCCUGUAAUACCCCUCAGCUAGACGAGCACGUGGCCUUCUGCUUAGUGAAAUAGUGGCACUCAAAUUAGUUUCCCUGCAUCCUAAAGGGCAUAUAGAGGUUGCAGUCUCAUCAUGUUCAAAAAUGUUUCAUUUAGAAAUCCUAAAAAAAAAAAGGCCUUGUACUUCUCUGCUUCAUCAUUUUGGUGCUGCUGAUUGAUAGUAAUUGUCCAAUCAGGAAUAAUUUGCCGCACAGUCACACCCUCAGGCUGAACACAGACAGACCAGAGGAGAUUGAAGCCCUACUUACCAAACCAGCCCUAAUUGGGAAUGAUGGCACUUUUGUUCCUUUGAAUAGCACCCACUCACUUGUGUGGAGUCACAAGAGGAGGUCUUGCUUUCAAAGCAUUCAGUGAUCUCAGUGCUUCCCAUGCUGACUGUGCAACCAGUGGUUUCCCUGGCCAGUCGCCCUUAUUAUGAUUAGCGGAGGCUUCAAUUAUUCGGGGUAUUUGUGCAGGGGGAAAGUGCUGUGGCAGCUGCAGCAGUGCAAUGAAAGCCGUAGAAGUGACAUGCCGCAGUGUUUCACAGGAUGGGAACAACAGCAUUUCAAGUCCCACUCUGAUCGUUUUUUUUUUACUACCGAAAGUGUUCUCAGUGGUCUUUAAAUUGUGAUUAAGAAGUUUUUACUAAAAAUCGAGUUACCUGCGUGAUUUUCAAGGGCUUUUCUUCUGCAGAGCUCUAGCAGAUCAUUAGCAAUUCACCUCUGAGUUGUGGGUGGAGACAGCACUGCUCUGCACACUCUUUUUCACGUUAGCUUGCUGCCUAAUAUUGCCAGUGUAGCAGAAGUGGCAGAUAACAUAGGAGCUAUUCAGCUCUCGGACACUAAUGUCUUUGGGGACACAAUGAAUGCUAAUAUCAUAAUUAGCUUUCUUACGAGCAUUGCAAUCCGUUUACGCACUCGCUUGUUCUGCGAUCGUCCUGUGUGUUUCUCCUCUAUAUGUAAAGUGCGGCCUGCAUAGCGGGGCUCUGGAUUGGUUACGUAUGAAAUCUCACUGUUUCUGAACCUGUCGUUUGGGUCUGCCAGAGAUUCACAGCGAUUUGAAUGACGAGAUACUCAGAAAAGCAAUUUCGCAUUUAGUUUUCUCAUGUAGCAUCAGAAAAAUGCCAUAUGAACAUAUAAAAACAAGAAAAACAUGAUUUUCAUCGGAGUGGGUCUUUAAGUACCAGCUAUGGAUCUUCAACUCAAUUCGCCAUCAUCUGACUGCCUCGUCUGAAGGAAAGAAAAUAAUCACAUAACAGGCAAAAUUGAGCACUUUAAAAAACAUAUUUUGGAGCAUUUUUGCUUUUAUUAGAUAGAAGAGCAGAAGUGAGACAGGAGAUGUGGUGAGUAGAGAGUAGGGGAAGACAUGCAUCAAAGGGUCAUGCUUUGGAAAUCGAACCAAUGACCACUGUGACAAGGGUGUCUAUACAUGGGCAUUUAAAAUUGAGCACACAAAUAUGGGAUCGCAGAGUCUGCAGAUGAAGAAUGUCGAGCUGGUUUGCCAAGGGUGGUUAAAGUUAGCAGAGCUAGCACCACCACCACCUUUGACCUUUCUGUCCAGGUUAUCCCUCACAUGCCUGUGCUGGUUACACUUUGCUCUGUUAGAGUGGCAACAUACCCUUUUAGCCAGAAACAGCCCACAUACAACACUUUAGCAUUAAGUGUUACAUUAGUCAAGUUAGUCUGUGCUUUUCCACACAUACUGUACAUUUUUGGCACCUCUAGUUUUAGAAAGGUCCUCAGCACAGUCAGUUGUUGAGUCUUAGAAUCUAGAGCAGUAAAAGGUAGUGACAUAGUCUUAGUAACAGGAUUUUAACAGUAUUUACAGUAGGGCUGGGCCAAUACGCUUCUCUCCCAAUUCGAUUGUUCUACGAUUUUUUGGAUUCCGAUUCGAUUUGAAUUGCGUUUCUACGAUAUUGUCGAUUUUCUCGAUUUUUAGUCUGCAUUUUUAACGCCAGUGAAACAGUUGAAUGAUUAUGAUUGUCUACUGACUAUUCAAGGAACCAUAUUUGCCCAAAAAAUACACAACAGAUGUAAGUCAGUUUUUAAGAUUUAUUCUUAAAUUUGAUUAAAAAAAAAAAAAGUUUUUUUUUAAACACAAAAAUCGAUUUAAAAAUUGUUAAACAAAAAAACCUGCGAUACUUAAGUGAAUUGAUUUUUUCUCUCACCCCUAAUUUGCAGCAUCUUUUAUGCUGUAAAAGUAGUCGUUCAGUCAGUGAGGAGUCAGGAUUUUUAGACCAGAGGUUCAGUGCUGCUUACCAGAGAGCGUCCACUGUGUGUGCUAUCAGCCCAAAGCCCAUGCAGGUGCCCUGGGGGACAACAAAGGGUCUCUGCUGCUGAAGUCUGUGUUGUGAGACCUGCAUGGAGGGCUGAGAGCCAGCCUGCCAUUACCAUGGGGAACAGCCACGGCCUGUUUCCUUGGAGACGGGGGUCACCGGGUGCUGGAAUUCCUUCUGGGAAGCGCUGACCCUGAUUUAUGAAUUCAUUUAACUCCAGCCACUAUGACAAAUCACGGCGCAGCUAACAGAGGAUUUGUGCAGACAGUCAUGGCGCUGUCUUAACGAGCAUUACCUCCUAACAGCACUCAGUUAGACUUCAUCAUCCUCACUCACACAAGCUCAGUCCUGCUGAUUUACAGCAGGGUGGCAUAGAGCAGUUGGACACAAUAAGCCUGUUUGAGACGAAAACAACAGUUACAGUAAGACAGCUCAGUUUGUGUUGUAUUGUGUUGUGUUGUGUUUUGCUGUGCGUGCCCGGGCAGGUGUGUGCUCACAGUCUCUGUGCUGUCUCUGAUGCAGGUGUUUGCUUUUGACCACUGUUUCUGGUCCAUGGAUGAGUCCAACGUUCCAAAAUAUGCCGGUGAGUCAUGCUUAACACUGAAACUGAUCCUGAGUUCAUCACCAAAGAACUCGAGUCAUGUCCCACUUAAAGACUUCCUAAGCUCUGAGCUGCAGGGAAACUCCCUAGUUGAUAGAAGGCUGUUUUUGCAUCAUGCAAAUCAAAGGCAUGUGCUUCUGUCCCAAUUUGCAUUUUGGCUGAACACAUUAAAUUUUCAAUUAGGGUCCAAGAAUAAAAACAUCACAAGGUUGUGUGCAUGUAUUACAACCCUGGAUGCUUGUAUUUUAUUAUCAUAUAGUUCUUAUGCAGCCGUUUACCCACCCACAGUGUAAAUUCAGCUCAGCUCCCAUUCAUCCUUUCCUUCCAUUCAUUUCUGUAAUUAGUGCUGCUCAGACAGCGUUAGGCCUCCAGUUCCUUUUAUGAUGUGAGGAGAAAAGUUAUUACUGGCAGAUAAACAUUAUCACUGAAGAUGUUUUCUUAUCAUGCCAGCCUGGAUUUGUGAAGGAAAUGUCACGUCUGAGUCUGCUUUCAGCUGGACAGACAUGACAAUCUGUGCAGUGAAGGGCUGCCUGAAGGGCCUCGGCCAAGUCUUUAUUUAGCUCAUUAAACAGCUGUCUCAUUCAGCAGGAGCACGGCAGUGAGCAACACAAGAGAUUUCUGAACAUAGCCUGACAUUUCCCACCCGAGGACUCCAGAAUACGUCACAUUUCACAAAUUUUCUCUUUUCAGUGUUUGCACUUGUUGAUAUAUUUUUCUGGAUUGUUAUUAUGCUUCCAUGAAGACUUGUAAACCAGACAAUUACUAGCUGUUAUAUAACUACAUGUUUCUUCUGUUUACCAUAAUCUCCAUGGUGACCGGUUCUUUGUCUGAAAGGUCAAGAGGUGGUGUUCAAGUGCCUUGGAGAGGGAAUACUUGAAAAUGCAUUCCAGGGAUAUAACGCCUGCAUCUUUGCCUAUGGACAAACAGGUAAUAAAAAUGCAAAAACCAUCUGCAUUCAUUUGAAUUAAUUUCACUUCUGAUGAAGCCAUUGCAGGCAGUGAUUGAAACCUAUUUAACGUGUUAAAGUAUAGUUACUCAUUGAUCUGUCUCAAGUUUUAUUAGAAAGUUUUAAGGACAGGAAGACUCGUGUUUCCGAUCACACUGGUGAAUCACUUAACUCGCUUCCUUCCUCAAUCUGAAUCACGUUAGCUCAUUUAUCCCACUUCCUUUCUCAAAGGGAAACACUCAGUGAGGAGACACACCUUUGGAAAAUUUGAGGAGGAUAGAAAAUGUAUCAGAACUAAAGUUUCCUGCGUGUUUGAAGCAGGACAUCAUAUUAUGGAAGUUAGAGGGGAAUGUGACACUAUUAUUAUUAUAAUUAUAACUUCCAUUAAAUGACAAAAUAUCUUUUACUGAUAUAUUGACGCUUUAAGUCGAUUUGUCAUCACAAUAUUCCCACCGACCUAUUUUUAAAAUUAUGGCUAACACUUUAUUUGACACUUAUCUCUAUAACGCAUUAUAAAUAUAUGUAUAAUGCAUUAUAAUCGUGUUAUAGCACUGUAUAACUAUAGUUACACUCAUAAAUGAUAAUUAUGCUUUAUAUCAAUAAUCAUAACAAAUAAAGCAUUUUAUCAUGACUUACAAGGUCAGGUAUUAUGACGUGUUAUAACUGUUAAAAACAGUUGUAUUGCAUUAUCUAUGUGGGCAUUGUCAGUGAGUUAUUAAGAGUUAUAACACAUUAUAAUACCUGACAUUUAAGUCAUGAUAAAAUGCUUUAUAAUGUGUUAUGAUUAUUGCUAUAAAGCAUUAUGAUAAUUUAUGAGUGUUUAUAACUAUAGUUAUACAGUGCUAUAACAUGAUUAUAACGCAUUAUACAUAUAUUUAUAAUGUGUUAUAGAGAGGCGUCAAAGAAAGUGUUACCAAAUUUUGCUUCUUUGACUAAAUGCAGAUCUUCUAAUCAGCCUGUCAGCACUCCAACAUCAGCCUAAGUACUGUUGUGGGUUUGAUUUGAUUUCUUUAGCUUGAGUAAACCCUCUGUUAAGUAAAUCCUGGGUACACAGUACUGCUAACAUGGCUCUAGACCUUUUGAAUGAUUACAAAUGUCAACAGACUGUCUUAUAGUUACAUCCUUAGGGUUCAUAUUUUCAGCAAAUUGGUUAGAGACUUCAAGAAAGUUGUACUUUGCCACAGUAAAUACUUGGACACACUCAUGAGUGACUCAACACUGUCCAUCCAGGUUCAGGUAAAUCCUUUUCCAUGAUGGGAAACGGGGAGCAGCCGGGUUUAAUCCCUCGACUCUGCUGCUCACUUUUCGAGAGGGUCCACAGAGAGGAGAACGAGGCCCACACCUUUAAGGUGGAGGUUUCCUUCAUGGAGAUCUACAAUGAGAAGGUCCGUGACCUGCUGGACCCCAAAGGGUGAGUCUGAUGUCAUCUUUGUGUUCGUUUGCAUCUCCCUUUAUGGCGCUGUUGUGUCUAGUAGUCUGUAUGCAGGAUGGAGACAGAAUGAUGCGCAUAGGAAGCUCAACCCAGUUAUUUCCUGCAGCACGGCGGCCAGCGUCGAGCUCUGACACUGCUGCAUUCUUCUCUGUGGUCUGAUGUGGGUUGGCAGACAGACUGCAGGGGAGAGUCAGCUGUAAAAGAGUGUGCGUUUCAGGGACAUCUGUUAGCGAGGCUGGGAGCAGGAGAGCGAUCAGAGCAGCCCCGCAGAGGGACGACAGUGGAGAGCUCUGUGAGCUGCAGAUGUCUGAGGAUGCAGCCAGACUCUCUUUCUUGUCGACUUCCUGUCGAUUCUGAAACAAGACGAACGCUCCCUUGUUCUCCUUGUUUCUUAAGCAACUGGAUUUUUGUUAAAGAGGCAUUUUAUAGAAUCAAGAGUUAAGGUGUUUGUGUAGCUGAUGCAUGGUUGAUUUCUGGAGUGGAAUUUGAGGACCUCAUGUGCAUCAGCAUUCCUCAUCCUGUCGAGAGAAAUGGGAUUACUCUUACUGAUCCGUUAGCUGACUUGCAGGCAGCCAAAUGAAGACAAGCCUCAAUUUUCCCACAUGCGUCAUCAAUCAAAAUAACUGCCUGCACUUUUUUUUUCAAAGUCAACCAUGAUAAGACAAACUGAAACAAGAAACAGUCAACUUUAAAGUUUUUCUGUGCCUCUCUCUCAUAGAUCUGUGUCUCUUUUUUGUAUGUAGGGUGUUAAAGAAGCAUGUUGUCAGUAUUUAUCACUGUUGUGAAAUAUGCUUAUUGAAAACUUUGUCCAAAAAUAGAUAAGAAAUAAAGCAGUCAAUGAGGCAUCUGUUAAAUAUUUUUACCAAUUUAUUCAAGUCCCACAUAGUCUGCAUAAGGAUAUUUGUGGACAGUAAAAUAACAGCCAGCCUUUCCCUCUAAAAGAGUCCAUAAGUUUUUAUUGGAGUUUUUUUUUCCAUGCAACAACUUGGCUUCAAACUCCUGUAACAGUUUUUAUUGCUGUUGUGUUGAAUGCUGAUGGAGACUUAACUAUUUCAACACUGCUUGCAAGCCGUUCCACUCAUUUCCACAAGUCGCAUCAUAAAAAGUGUGCAGGGAAAAUAAGGUGUCCUGAGGAGUGGAGAGGAGUUUUUAUUGCUGUGAAAGUCAUUCUUGUGUUGCAUCCAAAACAAAACAAAAAUGGAAGAGCUGUUUCUAGUUACCCAGGACACAACAUUUCAUUUAAUCUUUCAAAGAAAAGGUGAAAAAAAAACACGAAUUUCUAACAAAUUCAUUCAAGAUAUUGUUCAUUCAGAUCAAGAGUGUAAAGUCAGAGAGGAUGGUUGUAGCCGGUCCAUGAAGAGAAUAUGACGAUCUGUUGUUAAUGCUCGAAAGUAUUUCUUGAGUAUUACCCAGGGGCAAACAGAAAGGGAAUUGAAAAAGUGUGCACUCUUUUUAUUUUUGCACACAUGUACCUCAUUUUGAGAUUGUAAAUAUUCCACCCUUUGUUUUCUUUCUUGUAUUAACUGUGUUGCUUUCUUUCCUUUUAAAGGAGCCGACAGUCCCUGAAAGUUCGUGAACAUAAAGUGUUGGGUCCAUAUGUGGAUGGUCUGUCACAGCUGGCUGUGACCAGCUUUGAGGUAUGUCUGCUGUCACACAGAGGGGAAUCUGAAUCUAUGCUGUAUCACAGAUUAGACACCUUUUUUUAAAAAAAAAUAUAUAUAUUUUUAUUGACAUUCAGGAUCAGACAUUCCCAAUGUAUACAUGUAAGCAUACUUCUUGCAUUAGUUGUCUGCCCUAAAUGCCAGAAUAAAAUUUUAGUAUUUAUCCAAGUAAUGGGAAGAAAAACAAACAACCAUAACUACAACAAAAUUAAAUUAAAUAAAAAACUAUGUAUUGGUAGGAAGUGAUCUUUCUCAUACAUCAUGGCUACUGGUUUGUGAAAAUAAAAUCUGGCCUAUGAGGUGUGACAUAUUUGACCCAGUUUUCCCAGUAUGAUGUGAAUUUCUCCAAUUUGUACAAAUGCUGUUAUCUUCUCCAUUUUAUAAAUGUCCACGGUAAUGUCCAUUCAUAUAUUCAAGGUUGGGCUCUCCUGUGAUAGCCAUUUCCUGUUAAUCUUUUUACAGGCCGUCAGCAAGAUACUAAUUAAAUGUUUAGAUUAGACAGUUUUUAUCUCAUGUGUGUAGACUGUGUGUGAUUUAUCACAUCCUUAGCGAUCUUACCUCUGGUUUACACUCAAAACAAUAGUUAAAUAACAAAUCCUCUUGAGUGUGGGGGCCUUACCACACACAUUUCUGAUGUAGGAAUGUAGUCAGGAAGUUUUGUGUUGUUUAUGUGCCAAGCCUUGGCAGGGUUUUUUCUUAAUCAAGUUUCAACAUCUCCACCCUGUUCCUCUGUCCGGUGCUCUGCCUGUUAUUAGUCCAGAGGAUUGCCUUCAGCCUUGGCUUUACUACCAUCUGUGACCCAGCAAACUCACCUGGCACACAGCCACAGGGGGGACACACUGUCUGACUUAACUGUUAUCAUAAUGCUGCGAGUUUUUCUCAGAUGUUUCCAUUUUUAUGCUUCCUCUCAAUGUGGCUCCCUAAUGACCUUGCUGUGUCUCCUUUAAGGACAUUGAGGUGUUGAUGUCAGAGGGGAACAAAUCUCGCACAGUCGCAGCCACCAAUAUGAACGAGGAGAGCAGUCGAUCACACGCCGUCUUCAGUAUCAUUGUCACACAAACACUUUAUGAUCUACAGUCUGGGGUCAGUCUUAUUUUGCUUUAUGGCACAAAAAAAAUAGUCAUCUUUCUUUGCUUACCCUAUAAAGGUGUUCCCACGGCUGAAUGUUUGUUUAUAUUGUGAUGGCUGACAGAAUUCAGGAGAGAAGGUGAGCAAGAUGAGUCUGGUCGACCUGGCAGGAAGUGAGCGAGUGUCCAAAACUGGAGCUGCAGGAGAGAGACUCAAAGAGGGCAGCAAUAUUAACAAGUGGGUGUUAUUUUUCAUUAUUACAGGAAUGCUAAUGUAUGAAAUCUAAUUAGAAAAACUCUUAUAGUCUUGUAAUGUUGUUGUGUGUUUGGUUAUAGGUCUCUCACCACGUUAGGCUGUGUGAUUUCUGCUCUGGCUGAUCAGUCUGCUGGAAAGGGGAAGGCCAAGUUUGUGCCUUACAGAGACUCAGUCCUUACCUGGCUACUAAAGGCAUGACAUAUAUAUUUUAAUUUCCUUUUUUGUCAUAGUGAUGAGUGAUGGGAUAGCCAGAUCAAAUCUAUCAGCUGGCAUUUUUUAUCUCGUCUUCAGGACAACCUUGGCGGCAACAGCAAGACAGCCAUGAUAGCUACAGUGAGUCCAGCGGCCGACAACUACGAGGAGACUCUGUCCACGCUCCGCUAUGCAGACAGAGCCAAAAGAAUCGUAAACCAUGCUGUGGUGAAUGAAGAUCCCAAUGCCCGGAUCAUCAGAGAGCUCAGGGAGGAGGUGGAGAAGCUCAAAGUUCAGCUCUCUCAGGCCGAGGUGAGAGGAAAGGAUUGUGUUGACUGAUUAUAAAAAUAAUUAGUGAAUUUAUACAGAUACAGACUGUCAUGAUGAAUUUUCUUUUCUUUUUCUCAUCAGUCAAUGAAGGCUCCUGAGCUGAAGGAGAAACUGCACGAGUCUGAGAAACUCAUUCAGGAGAUGACCGUCACCUGGGAGGAGAAGCUGAGGAAGACCGAGGAGAUUGCCACCGUAUGAACAUCAGCCAGAAUCAGACUUUGAAAUCUAAAGUAAAACUCCACUGAUCUAAAAGUCCUGACACACUGAGUUGUUGUUGUUUUAUUUGUGUUUACAGGAACGCCAGAAGCAGCUGGAGAGUAUGGGCAUCUCUCUGGAAACAUCAGGGAUUAAAGUGGGAGAAGACAAGUCUUUCCUGGUUAAUCUGAAUGCUGAUCCUGCCCUCAAUGAGCUACUGGUCUACUACCUGAAGGUAAAACACUUCUUACAGUGCGAUUAUGAAAUACUAACGUUUCUCACUUCUAAAAUCUGCUGGCCUGCAGAUACUGUGGAUGGAGUAAGUUGUCCUGACCCCUGUGAUAUAAUGAAUGAAUUGUUGAAGCAAAAUAUUGCUAUAUAAAAAAAAUGGAGUGCUGCAUUGAGUCAUGUAUUUGUGUAUUUUGUCUGUUAAUGAGAUUGGCAGAGGGGCCAUCAUAGAGCAGGAGAAAGUUAGUGCAACAAAUAUGUAUAAGGUUUGCAAGAUGUGCUACAUGAAAAUAAAAUACUGUGUAAAAAAGACAAACAUAAAGGAGAGCCAAAUACUAAAUUAGCUAAACAGUUAAAAAAAAUUGUAUGAAUCAUAAUAUAUUGUAUCGCAAUACUCACUGUAUUGCAAAUUGUUAAAACAUGCAAUAAUAUCAUAUCAUGGCCCAAGUAUCGUGAUAAUAUUGUAUCGUGGCCCAAGUGUCGUGAUCCAAGUAUCGUUAUAAUAUUGUAUUGUAGCCCAAGUAUCAUGAUAAUAUCGUACCAUGGCCCAAGUAUCGUGAUAAUCUCGUAUCGUGGCUCAAGUGUCGUGAUAAUAUUGUAUCAUGGCCCAAGUAUCGUGAUCCAAGUAUCGUGAUAAUGUUGUAUUGUGGCCCAAGUAUCAUGAUAAUAUCAUAUCAUGGCCCAAGUAUCGUGAUAAUAUCAUAUCGGGGCUCAAGUGUCUUGAUAAUAUUGUAUCGUGGCCCAAGUAUCGUGAUCCAAGUAUCGUGAUCCAAGUAUUGUGAUAAUAUUGUAUUGUGGCCCAAGUAUCGUGAUAAUAUCGUUUCAUGGCCCAAGUAUCAUGAUAAUAUCUUAUCGUGGCUCAAGUGCUGUGCAAAUAUUGUACCUUGGCCCAAGUAUCAUGAUGCAAGUAUCGGGAUAAUAUUGUAUUGUGGCCGAAGUAUCAUGAGAAUAUCGUAUCAUGGCCUUAGUAUCGUGAUAAUAUCAUAUCGUGGCUCAAGUGUUGUGAUAAUAUCAUAUCGUGGCCCAAGUAUUGUGAUAAUAUCAUAUCGUGUGGCCACUGGCGAUUCCCACCCCUACUUGGAAGUACAUAAGAAAAACAACAUCAAGAUUGAGCAGCUCAACCUUGCUCUGUUUCUGCUCAAAAGAAAAUGACUCUUUCAUUCUUUUGUUCUUACACAAAAGGAUUCCUAUGUUAACAUUUAACAUAUUCAGUGUAACGGAGCAUUAUUUUAAUGGCACUACUUUAACUAAAUGGAAAUGUUUUAGAUCUGUUUUCAAGGCAGCACACAUGGGUCAGAAAUUUCAACUCUUGUACCUCGUCCAGAUGUUCAAUUAGCCAUUAAGACAAGAAUGAGGAACAAAAUACGUAAAAACAGAAACGGACAGAAUGAAAACAUGAAGCAAAUGAAGAGGAUAAAAAGCUCAGAGGAGUGAGGGAGCAUCAUGCAAAGUAGGACAUGUACAAUGCAGGCAGUCCAUUCAAAACAACGCCUGACAGACAUUCAUACAGAGAAUAAUCAAAUAAUGUGAAAUGAGACUGAGCUUAAUCCAAAGAGAUGUCAUUAGAAUGAUAUAUUGGGCAACCAAAUCAAACAUGCAUGCUGAUUUAUCCAUGUUUUAGCUUUAAAGGAAAUUUUUGGUGUCUCUAUAUUUUAUACUUAACAGAAAGAUUUACAUUGCACUUAGAUAAAUGCAGCCUGUUGUCCAGCCAUGACCUUUCCUCCACACUCCGCAGCUUUAAUAUUCACCAGCUACAGUGGCACAUAUGUUGCAAUGCUCCUUAUGUAUGCAGAUUGGAGUCCAAUGAGAGCAGGUCAUGGAUUUGCAAAAGGCCGAACAGAAACAUCCACCAAAAUAACUGGACCUGUACGAGUGAAAGCAUGUGAGAGAGCAGCAGCCUGUGCAGCACACUAAACAACAGGCCUUUGUCUGGGUUUUGCAGUCCAGCCUUGCAUAUCAGUGUGGAAUGAGUGAGGUGGGUUGGUUCACUGCAGGGUCGGACAUCCUCCAGAAGCUGAGAUGUUUGUUUAACAUCGCCCACUCUGCAAUGAGAGGGACAUAUUUUGAUCAGGUCUUUGGUUUUCUGGUGGGAUAGACGCCUUGAGAUGUAGUAACAUAUUUUCAUUGGGGGUUAUUUGUGCAAAUGACAACUCAAAACAGCUCAUUCAAUAUUUUUCAAGUUUUAACUCUUGUUUGAAUGUAUAGUUUGUUAUAAUAUGAUAUAUCUGUAGUCAUAACUUCCUUGAUCUGUCUUCCACCUGUGUGUAGGAGCGCACACGUGUAGGCGCUGACACGUCUCAGGACAUCCAGCUGUUUGGGAUCGGUAUCCAGUCGGAGCACUGCGUCCUGGAGAUCUGCCCAGACGGUGACGUCACCCUCACGCCUAUCGGGAACGCCAGGUGAACAACCAUAAAUCGACUGUUAUCACACUGUGUGUCUGUCUCUGUUUAUCUCCCUGUUGCCUCUCUCCUUUAUGGAUGAAUGGACUGCAAUGUUUCACAUGACCUCACUGUGCAGGAAUCUAUGAUCCGAGCUCCACGCUUUGAUAUCAGAGCCCUGUCUGCCUCCUACUUGUGAAAAGAUCACAGUUACAUUUGAAUUAGAUUUCCAUGUUUAAAACCGGAGAUCAGAAAAAGCCAUCAGGUCUCUGCUAUAAUCGAAUUCUCUGUUUUCUACAGGACCUGUGUGAACGGAACAAUUAUUGAUUCCUUGUCGCACUUGUGGCACGGAGAUCGAAUCUUAUGGGGCAACAACCACUUCUUCAGGUAUACGACUUGUUUGGGUAGCCUUAAAAUUGAGAAAAGUCAUCAAAGAGAUGAGAUGGAAACUUGUUUUUUUUUUUCUCCUCACAGGAUUAAUCUGCCAACACGAAAGCGGCGGGACCGUUUAAAGGAACUGGAGAGAGCUUCUCCCAGAGAGAGCUACAUUGAGGCAGAUGUGGAGACAGCCAGUGAGGCCUCUUCUGAGCAGGACUACAGCUAUGAGUUUGCCCAGAUGGAGGUCAUGAUGAAGACUCUGGGGAACAAUGGUAUGAUUAAGAUAAUCUGCCUCCUGCAAUCGCUGUUAUCCUGUAUGCUUUUAAACUACAGCUCUAUACAGUAUGUGCUCAUUUUACGCUUCAGCACCUUCAUUUUGUUCCUGCUUACGGACCAAAUAACAAUUUUUAGGAGUACACCUGCUUUAAGUGAUGCUCUUUCUCCUCCCCCUUGUCCCUUUAUUGUGGAUGAAAAAUAGAACUGUUGUAGUUAUUUGCAACAAUAAGUUGUUAAAUUAAUCUAUUAGAAAAAUACAGAGUUUUAUAACUAGGAGCAACAGGAGAGGAUGUUCAUUUGUGUGAACGCUGCAGGUCAAAAUGUACGGUACAUCUUAGGACAUCUUGUCCUUUGCGUGCCAAAGUUGUAUUUCUGGCAGACAUUUUACCCAUUGGGAACAUAUGAGGUUGACAUUGUAAAGUAAGGCUGUUUGUGCUGUGUGCUUGUCAGUUGUGUAGUCUGUAGACACUUACUCCUCGCAGCAAGGUCAGGUUUGGAAAAUUACGACAUAGAAAUUAUUUAUUAUUUAUCUUGCUUCGGAUAGUUUAGUUUUCUCCUUUUGUAGGUCGUAAAGAGGCUUUUGUUCUCUUUUGUUCUGCUCUAUAUUAUUCUAUUCUAACCUGUUGUAUUCUAUUCUUUUUGUCCUGUUUCUAGACCCUAUGCAGAAUGUGGUCCAGGUGCUAGAGAAGCAGUACCUUGAGGAGAAGCGGACAGCUCUCGAAGAGCAGAGAAUGAUGUACGAGCGAGAGCUGGAGUCACUGCGACAACAGCUCUCUCCCGAGAAGACGCUGCAGCACCACCGCAGUAGCAGCGAGCGCCUUGCAUUCUCGACGCACACACCUCACAGCAAGCUGCGGCUGUGGAUAGAGGAGAGGUUUGUGCAGACACAGAAGCACUGAAGCUCAGACUGCUUAAUGUGGUGGCUCUGCUUUUUAUAUCAGCUGUGUGUCCGUUUUUGAUCAAUUUCUACUAUUAUAUCCAGAGUUGAAUGAAAUAUCAACUCUUUAUUUACAGCUCGCUACUAAAUUAUAUUAUUUGUCAUCUAAGCAGACGGGGGGGUUUAGUCAGUCAGUUUCAGGGGUUAACCUUCACCUCAUUAUGAAAGUUCAUAUGUGAAGCUUAGAUCAAAUAUAGUGGGGAGCCAUUUUAAGUAAACUUGAAUGCAGCUGUUCUGAAAUUGUCCUGUGAUGUAACACUUAUUGCAGCUGAAACUGGCUGUACAUGUCCUGAUUCCAUGUUUGUGUCAGUGUUGCAUUUCUAACUGUAGAGAAGUAUUUCCAAAGUGCUUGAAAUGGAUCAAAAUAACCUCCCAAAACUUAUUGGAGACAGUAGUAUAUAGUUUACUGGAUUCAGCGCCAAUAGUGGUAAACUGACUGAGAAUCACAGGCUUUUUUGUUUGCUGUAGUUGUAACUAGUUGGCUUCAGGAAUCAUCCACCACCUUGCCUCAAGUUUCCUUUCUACACACAUUUCUCAAAUAUUUAAACUUGACAUUUUUUGAGUCUAAAGUAAGCUUGCUGUCUCACAAUAGUAAACCAGAUAGUGGUAAGUCUUGAUAUUCUUGAAUGAAUGAUCCCUGUUUUUCUAUGCUGUCUCUCUCUAUGUGUGUGUGCAUGUGUGCCUUCAAGGGAUGAGCUCUUCCGUCAAAGCCUUUCCCGUCUCAAGGAGCAGGUUGUGAAAGCCAACACCUUGGUGCGAGAAGCCAACUUUUUAGCAGAAGAGAUGAGCAAACAGACCGACUAUCAGGUCACCCUUCAGAUUCCUGCAGCCAACCUCAGCGCCAACCGCAAGGUCAGACUUCUGAGCCUCACACACCAUCACUGUAUCACCUUACACACUGAUAUUAAACCUGAUUUGAACUGAUUCUAUUGAGAUCUGUGUUAGCUUCUUCAAUUCUUGUGCUAAUGACAGAACUUACUUUAUCUUCUUUUAUACAGCGGGGGGCGAUAGUGAGUGAGCCAGCCAUUCAGGUGCGGAGAAAAGGGAAGGGGACACAGGUGUGGACCAUUGAGAAGCUGGAAAACAAGCUGGUGGAUAUGAGAGACCACUACAGGGACUGGAGGGAAGGUGCAGAAGAGAUGGUAAGAAAACACAGGUAAAAUAAUCAAAACACAAGAAUUAGACAGAUUAUUUAUGUUCCCUAUUUUUGUCUUUUAGAAUACCAAGGCAAACAACCAUUACUGUGACCCGUUCUACGAGGCACAGGAGAACCACAAUCUCAUAGGAGUUGCCAACAUUUUUCUGGAGUGCCUUUUCCAUGAUGUCAAACUGCAAUACGCUGUCCCCAUCAUCAGCCAACAGGGAGAGGUAAGGCAGCAGCAUGAUAAACAGAUAAAAGCGCGGAUAAAUUAUUCAUGAUACGGCCUCUUAUUAUUGUUAGGACACCAGAUCGAUAUGAAAAGCUGAUGCACAAAAACUGCAAAUUUAAUUGACUGAAUAAUGCAAGACUUGAAAUGCAACUUUAAAGGUCCAGAUGAGUAAGUCCGAAAAAUGAAACCCCUCCUCUGUUUAAUUUGGGAAGCAUGAAGCUGCAGUUGACUGUCACAUUUAUCAUUUUGUUUGCAUGUCUCUCACAGGUAGCAGGGAGGUUACAUAUCGAGCUGAUGCGAGUCAGUGGAGCUGUCCCAGAGCGCCUGUGUGGAGGAGACGACUCAUCUGAGAACUCCAGUGAGAGCAGCUGCUACGAGGUGAUGGACACCAACGGCGAGAUCGUCCACAUGGCCAAGAGGCUGACCUGCAGGGUACAAGCUGGUUUUGUCUGGAAUUGAGCGAUUGCAGAUAAAGGAGCAUUUCACACAAACUCACCCUGAUUUUUCUUUUUUUUCUUUUUUUUGCAGGUGCGGAUCAGGGAGGCCACAGGUCUACCACUUAACCUGUCCAACUUUGUUUUCUGUCAGUACACCUUCUGGGAGCAUGGUGAGCCCACUGUAGCUCCUCCUAUGGUCAGCCCAGAUAGACCCUCCCCCCGAAGUCCAGAUGCCCAGUUUACUGUCCAGUUUGAUCAUUGCAAGGUACACAAAAAGAGUCUUAUUCUUAACUAGGGGUGUCCCGAUACAAUAUUAAUAUCAGAUAUCGGCUUGAUAUCGGCAAAAAAAGGAACAUCGGAUUAUAUUGACCUGCAUCUAAAAUCUCCGAUAUCAGCACUCCGAUACAAGCAGUCCAUUCCAGACUCCGCUCUGGCACCUCUAUCUAGCAGUGCCCUGAUCCAGCAAGCUGAACACACAACAGUGUGCCUAAGGUACUAACAGAGUAGCAAGGAGUAAGAGUGAUAUUGACCUUGUGGCAGUCGAUCAAUAUUGAAGGCUACAAUAUCUGUAUCGUAUCGGAAGUCAAAAAGUUGUAUCAGGACACCCCUAUUCUUAACACAUUAAUCUGAAAAUCAUGUGAUUUCAACUCAACCACAACCUCUUGUCUGUGUGCAGGACUAUGUUGUGCACGUGACAGAUGAGUUUUUGGAGUUUAUAUCAGACGGCGCAUUGGCCAUAGAGGUGUGGGGUCACCGCUGCGCUGGGAACGGUCGUUCACUCUGGGAGUUGGACGCGCUGGAGGCCAAAACACAGACUCUCCGAGACCGGUACAUUGUCUCCAGAUGCAGUCAGACUUUUACAUGUGGGCACACACAGACACUGACCUCACUUAACAUGGCUGUUAUGGGUUCAAGGUGGAGUGAGGUGUCUCGCAGGAUCGAGCUGUGGACCUCCAUCCAAGAACUGAAUGAGCAGGGGGAGUACUCGUCUGUGGAGCUGCAUCCUGGGAAAGACAUCAGCACAGGGGGAGUCUUCCAGCUCAGACAGGUCAGACUGGCUGACCCACAUCAAACUCACAUUUAAGAGGAUUAUUACUGAUUAUGUAAUUCCUAUUAGGAGACUUGUUAAUGUGGUAAUUUGAGAGCUGAAUUGUGGGAACUUGUCCAAGCAGGGUCACUCCAGGAGGCUACAGGUGUGUGUGAAGCCGGUCCAAAACUCGGGCACGCUGCCUCUGCUGGUGGAGGCAGUGCUGUCUGUCUCCAUCGGCUGUGUGUCCGCUCGCUCCACCAAACUGCAGAGACCACUCGACAGCUACCAGGUCUGUGAACCACCGGUGCCCAUUUUCAAACAUUCACACAUGCUACUUAGACGAGUGUAUUGACAAAAAUAGGAUUAUGAUUUAUGCAAAGCUGAUUUAAAAAAAAAUGGGGGGAACAGUGUUUUUCGGAACAGUGGACUUGUUUUAGGGCCAACAUUAUAAUGCUGAUUCAGCCAAAGUAUGUUCAGUCCAUCCCUGGUUUUGUGCCAUGACUGGUUCAUCUGGAUAGCUGGCAGCGAGUCUAAAGAAGACCAAGGAAUGUACAAACUCAUUAGUGCCCGGUUUGUUUGUUCGUGUACUGAAUUGACCUGAUGUAGAAAAAGGAGGCAAUGGUUUGAAAAGCUGUAAGCAGUCACGGAAUCUUUUUAUCCCAUCUCAAAUCAUGAAAAGAGUAAAUUCAGAGGCUGCUCCUUGUUUUUGACUGCAUGUGUGACUCCAAAGCCAACAAAAACAGAGGUUUGUUAAAGCUGCUGUGAGCUGUCCUGUCAGGGCUCUUGUUUCUUGUUCCCCUUUGUUGACUGAGUUUGUUCUCUUCUACCAGAGAGAGAUGGAAGAAGAUAUGGAUAGUUAUCAGGUACCCACUCAGUUUCCUCCUGCUGCUGUUGCCCCCCUCCCCUCUAGAUCGUUCUGCAGCAUGACGGAAAACAACGGAUCAUGUGUUUGUGACUCGGCCUGUUGCUGAGGGCGAAUGAGGCCAGAGGCAAUGGGCCGCGUCUUUACCAACUUAACAAGUGCUCUAAUAAACAUCUGCUGCACAUAUGGAUGAUUUCUGAAGCUCUAAUUAUCAAUCACACCAGCCACUCUUUGGCAGACCCCUGGUGAAAGAUACAGUUGUGCCCAUGGCCAAAAGUCUGUCUGCCAGGGAUCUCUUUUGCUUCCCCCUCAGGUUGCACACACUAAUGCUACUGUGCUUGUCACUACUGGAAAGCUGCAGGAAUAAUGCGACUCAUGUAAUCACACUGGCAUUGCAUGGCUGCAUGAUUUACUGUACUUUGCAUGGAGGGAGUGUGCUGAAACCAGAAGCAUUGUGUGGUUGACCUGGAGUUCUGUUGGUUACUGGGGGGGGGGUGUUGUUAAGAGGAGUGUGUUCUCUGUGGUUCCCAAGCAGAGUGGUCUGCUAUACAUCCAGGUAGGACUUUGGGUGGCAGUGGCUGCGAGUUUUUGUGUUUUGAGAACAACACUUAAUUUUUUUUCACCACAAAUACAAACUGAAAUGAAAGAAGUAACUUUUAACGCAGUAGCUGCGUUUACAUGGGCACAAAUAAUCGGAGUAAAUUUCCAAUCGGAAUAAAAAUUCAUCAUGUAAACAUGUCGAUCGGAAGAUUCUGAUCCAGUCCAGCUUAUUCAAUCAUUCAUUCAUUUUCUUACGCUUAUUACCGUUGGGGGUCGCGGGAGGGCUUGGAGCCUACCCCAGUAUCUUCGGGCGAAGGCAGGGGACACCCUGGACAAGUCGCCAGUUAAUUGUAGGGCUGACAUAUAGAGACGAAUAACCAUCCACGCUCACAUUCACACCUACGGGCAAUUUGAAAGUGGCCGGUUAACCUAACCCCACUUAUGCAUGUUUUUGGGAUGUGGGAGGAAACCGGACAGACACAGGGAGAACAUGCAAACUCUACACAGAAACGCCCAGACCCGCAUUCAAACCCAGGACCUUCUUGCUGUGAGGCGACAGCGUUAACCACUACACCUCAAUCCUUAAGAAAUUGUAUUCCGAUCAAGAGGGGUGGUUUAUGCCAAUCGUUAUUCCAAAACAUGUCCAUGUAAACACUUAUUCCAAACGUGACUCUCUUACCUGACUCGGUCUUCACUCUUUAGCCUUUGGUUUAUUUAUUGAGGCCGGUACUGAAGGUUUCAUUAUUAACACUCUGGCAUAAAACACAACCGCAAGUGCCGUCGUGUCUGCUCUUCCGGUAACAUAACAAGGCGUACAUACAGCGUGAUGAUGUCACACCUGCACGCACAGUGCAACCUUUGACAGAACAGUAAAAUAAGUACGCGAGGGCGCCAUCUAGUGACAACAUUUAACAGGGAAAACUCCUGAACUGGAUGGAGUGAGCCACUACCGCAUUCAUCAGUUUGUUGACAGCACAGGGGCAAUACAAUUCUUCUUCUUCUGCAGUUGUGAACUCAAACAACUCUGCGCACGUCCAAACGCUUUUAAUCUGAAUAUAGCUUGGUGCAUGUAUGCGCACGUCAUGAUCGGAUUAUUUGAUUUUUAUAGCCAUAUAAACAGUGGAUUCAGAUAAUUCGAUCCCUCAAAUUUUUAAUCGGAUCAAGUAAUUUUGCCCAUGUAAACGUGUCUAUUGAAGUAGAGAAUUUGAGACAGGGUUAGCUUUAACUUCGACUCACUAAUUUGAUAAACAAUGUUGAGUUGAGGAGCAGUAAUAGUUCCUCUUGAGCCCUGUGCACCCUCACUUUUCUCCAGGACCAUUUCACCGACAUUAAUUCUUCUAUCCAUGUGCUUUCAGGAGGAAGAUCUCAACUGUGUCAGGGAGCGCUGGUCGGAGGCUCUCAUCAAGCGUCGGGAGUACCUUGAUGAACAAAUCAAGAAAAUCAUCAACAAGCAAGGUGAGUUCGAGACAAUAUGAUGAGGGGUCUGCAGAGCGAAGGCUGUGUAUUGUUUGUGUUUUCAGUCCAUGUUUGUGUACUACCUGUGACCUUCUCCACUUGUGGUUUGCAGAAAAGUCAGAGGAGGAUAUUGAGCGCGAGGCCAGACUAGUGGAGCAGUGGGUCGGCCUAACUGAAGAAAGAAACGCUGUGUUGGUUCCUGCACCUGGCAGUUGCAUCCCUGGAGCUCCAGCAGACUGGUAAAACACAGCAAACAGAAUCACAUGCACAUGCCAGAUUCGAUGAGCUGUCUGCAUUUCCUCCUGUAUGACCUCAUAUUUAACUCCAUGCAGGACCCCACCUGCAGGAAUGGAAGCUCAUAUCCCCGUACUCUUCCUGGAUUUAAACGGUGUGGUAGAAACAUUCCUCAUAAAACUGAGAUUUCACGGCGUCCUGUCGAGCUGCACUCACAUGACACUUCAUUUUUUUGUCACCAGCUGAUAAUCUGACAGUGAAUGAGCAGCUGACCAACCAACAUGCUGCAGGCGUUAACUCCAUCCUGCCCAAGGAGCAUGGGAGCCAGUUCUUCUAUCUGCCCAUCAUCAGACACAGCGAUGAAGAGGUGAGCAUUGCGUUAGACUUUACUGCCCUCCUGUGGCUAAAAAGAGAAGUCUGUGACACCCAAAAUCACUAAUUUGAUAAUAGGCUCAGGAACCAAAGUCAUAUAAAUAUUAAUGUGACAAAAAAAAUCAUCUGCUUAUGAAGCUUGGUGAGACUUUUCUGGUUGUAGUUACGAAGAAGGGUUUCUUUCAUUCACUAGUUUUGUUGAUUUUUUUUUAUAUUCACCUGGGAAUCAUAAUUUUAGGGUUCUCGAUGUUACAACUUCAUUUGGUGCUGGAAGUCUUCUUUUCUCAGACACGGUUUGUUAUUUCAGAGCGUCAUGCAUUAAGGCGAGUAUUUACAGGAGUCCUCUUAAGUGCUGUUUGAUGUUCUUUUUGAUGCACCAACCAAACACUAAUCACUACCCUCUUUGCAGCGCCUAAUUGCGCUGACAUGUCAUGGCGUGCACCGCUAGGUUUAUGAGCCAAUUCCUGCAAACCCAAAGUUACAACCCAUCUACUGUACAUGACUGUUAUCUAUGUCUGUGCACCUUAAGCAGACCUGUAUGUCUGUCUAUAAGUGACUGUGAUCCACAUUGAUAAAUUAAUCACAUCUCCUCUUAUACUUUAGGUGUCUGCUGUGUGUUCCUGGGACUCAUCCAUCCACGAUUCUGUGCAUCUGAACCGCAUCACGUCUCCAAAUGAACGCAUUUACCUGAUCAUCAAAGCCACAGUGCAGCUCAGCCAUCCAGCGUCCAUGGAGCUUGUGCUUCGCAAGAGGAUUGCUGUCAACAUCUACAACAAGCAGGUGAACUGGAGGGCAAUCCGACUUCAUUCAAGGGUGUUAGCUUUUCUUUUAUAGUGAUGGAUUUUAUUUUUUUGACCAACUAGUUUUGAUUGUUUCCAACAGAGCUUCACACAAAGUCUCAAGAGGAGAAUGUCCUUGAAGAACUCGCUUUAUUCCUGUGGUGUUACCUACGAGAUUGUCUCCAACAUACCAAAGGUAAAUCUCUGCAGCUGUAUCGAACAGAAGACUCUUCAUUCAUGAUUCAUUCAACCUUAACAUCUUACUCUGCAAUCAUCUUCAGGCCUCAGAGGAACCAGAGGAAAGGGAAACCCUGGCCCUCAUGGCUGCACGUGGAGACAGCGAGGAGACUCAGGAUGGAGAAACAUACAUAGAGAAAUACACGAGGGGAGUUUUGGAGGUGGAGAACAUCCUCAGUCUGGAGAGGCUGCGCCAGGUAUGCUCUGCUUUAACACAUCAGAAUAAUUCAACACAAACAUAAAGAACAUUCACUGAUAAUAUGACGGAUGUCCUUCAUCUACUGAUGGUCAACUUUGUACCUUUUUUUUCCCCCUGAAGGCUGUGACGGUGAAGGAAGCACUCAGUGCCAAGGGUAGACACCUAAGAAGGAGUAUCAGCACACCAAAUGUACAGCAUGUAAUGAACACAUCACUCUUUUCACUACCCACUGAAAUAAAUGUCAGUAGCUGCCAGAAACAACACAUGGCUCUAAUAAUAUGUUGUUUCCUGUUCUUCAGUCUUCAUGUAGUAAAACAGACCUGACUGGCUGCGAGGAUGAAGAGUGUAAAGUAAGUAGACACAUUAAGAAGAUUACCCCUGCUCUCCAUAAUUACUCCCAACAUAAUGAAAACACUCCAUCGUAACCUUUACUUUAUUGUCUAGGACCACUGUGAUCACGGAGACAGCACCAACUUCAAUCCCCCAGAGGGCUCACUUUGCAACACACCCAUAAAAAGCAAAGAGAAUCCAGGUGAAAUUCAUGAAAAUCUACCACAGCUAAACUGCUGUCUUGUGUUCUCGGGUGUGAGAAAGAGUUUGUUUUGGUAUGUUGAGUAAGUGUGUAACCUUUAUUUUUUCCUGUGCAGGUACAGUUCCUGAGAGUCCAACUUUUUUCAACUCCAGCCCCUUCAAAGUCCUCUCUCCUCAGCCGCCCAAGUUCCUCAAGUCUCUGCUGCCCGUCAAGGAAGAGAACAAGGCAAAGAAAGUGCUGGAAGCCCGGCCACUGCUGGGACAAGAGGUAAGCAGAAAUGUAUCAGACAUCCAUCUUAAAAAACAUUGUUUACAUUUUGUCAUCUUCCUUUUCUCAUCACAUUACAUUUUCAAACCACGGUGAAGACAUUUAAACUGACAAAGAGAAACCUAACCAUCGAAAGCUGCUGUGUAAAAAAAUCGCUUUGUUGCUGUUUGACUGGAGAAAAGCAAAAAAAAAAGAUGUUGAUGUCACCAUCGACUGUGUUUAUGCCAAUGAUAGAGCAUGACUCACAGGAGCAUGACUCCAGCUGGAGAUAACCAGAACACGAAAUGAGACAGGGCCGUGCUGAAAAAUGUCUCAUGUCCAAAUAUGUUUGUGAUAGCUGAUCGUUGAGAUUGAUCGUGGCUGUUCAAACCAUUUUGACUAACCUCACAUUUUUGUUUUCAUCUGUGCUUGAAGUGGACUUAAAGAGUUGCGUGUACUUUAAAAAAUCAGUCUAUGCAGAAAAUGGUUCAGUAAAUCACAGGCAAGGCAAGUUUAUCUGAAUAGCACCAUCAUACACAAGGCAAUUCAAAGGGCUUCACGGAUACAAGGAAAUACAUUGGAGAUGAAAAGAUAGAUUGAAACAAUUUGAUGUCAAUUAGACAAACGGCUUCAAAUCAAUAAAAUAUUAAAAUGUAAAAUUAUUACAACAGUUGAAAUUGGCAGAACAGCAAAGUAGAAGUAAAAGGAAUUGAUGCUGUAGGAAAGCUGCAGUGAUGUUUUCAGCCCUGAUUUAAAUGAGCUGACAGUUUGUGCACACCUAAGGUGUUCAGGGAGUUUGUUCCACAGGUGAGGGCCAAAGAAGCUGAAUGCAGCUUCACCCUGCUUGGUUCUAACCCUGGGGACAACAGGUAAACCUAAAUCAGGUGACCUGAGGGGUCUUAUCUGAGGUGUAGAGCAAAAAAAAACCUUAAAUGUUGGCUACAGGCCACAAUAGUAUGUAAGUUUUACUAAUUAAGGGUCAAGAGUAGAGCAUAACUGAUAUAUGAAUAUAUGUUAGGGAAUCAUUAUGGACUUAUCACACAUUUUUACGUAUUGGUAUCAAUACUCAUAGAUCUGUGAUCAAAUACUGUUAUCUUGCAGUGAUUCAUUUCAGGAGGCAGCCUUCUGAGUAUCUUUACAUAUCAUAUUAAAGCAAGACAGGUGCGAAAGUGCAUGAAAAGUGCAUGCUGUUUGUAAUCUGUGAUUAUCCUUCCUCUGAAGUUGAUCUUGAGAAUCAGUUAAGCAAAUGUAAUGGACUGAUGCCUGCAGUGAUGAUGCAGUCGUAAGUACAACAACUCAAACAACGAACACUUCUAGCACAGCAUUUGUGAAAUAUUCAACUGCAUGGCACUAACUGUGUAACUGGCCUGCCCAGCUCCAAGCAUGUUUUGUGUGUGUGUGUGUGUGUCAAGUGUGUGCUGUUGUUCUGACCCAUCCACAGAGCAUGCGCUCAUGUGUGGACAGCCCUGCACUGCUCCCCCCUCCCUGCUCCUGGCACCGGCCCAGGGCAGGCAGCGAGGGCCACUGCAAGCCUUCCACCUCCACCCUCACCUCCACCUCCACUCCCACCAGCAGACAGCUCAGCCACACACUGCCACACACUGCUGUAAGUGCUACACACACCAGUGCGCAUCUCUCUGUGGGUGUGAUGGAAGUGUAUCAUAGACACGUACACUCCACGAUGGGCUGAUUUGCCAUGACUAGACUCUUAUUCUUGGUAAAGUAACUGUGAUGCUCUUCGUUCAUUCACAGUCUUCAUCUUCCUUUAUCACAUGUUUUCAUCAGCUUCAUAAAAAUCUGUUAGUCCAGGCUGAUGCUCCCUUCAGGCAUCAGUUGGCAUCAUGUGUGGUGUGAUGUCUCAUUUUUCCUGCUGGUGUUGUUUCUAUCAGCAGGACUCUGAAGAUGAGGAGACAGACUUGGACAUACCUCUGAAUCUGGAUCAGACUAUUCAGGACCACAACAGCUUUCAGCCUUACAUCCCGGAGGAUUUUGCAAACUUUGAGAUCUACAACGCCACUCUGGAAGGUCAAGAGGGCUUUCUGUCCUCUCGCUCUGACUCCAAGGGGAGCCAUUGUGGAGGUGGGAACGGAGAGAGGGAGGCGCCUCGAAGCCCCACAGCCAGCAGCUGCACCAGUGGCUACUUUUCUCACAGUGCCUCCAACGCCACGCUGUCUGACAUGCCCUUCAGUGCCAGCGAGAGCUCUGACCACCUCAGCUGCAACUCCAGAGACACCCAGGAUCCUCUCGGCUGUCUUGCUGGAAGAGGCUGCACCCAAACCAAAGGUGUUUCUGCAGGGACUGACACCCAGCAGCCUCCUCUGUCAGCAGGUGGAGUUAGAGAUCUGCUGAGCCAACAUGCCUCUUCGCCUGUCAGUAUUCCUAACUGUACAGACAAGCAGCAAACAUUCCCUUUGCCUCACAACUGUGUCCUCAGCACCAGCCAGGAGUUUACUGACUUUAAAGGUGCCGAUGAUAGUAUUGAAGAGGGGGAUUUAGCACAUUUUACAGGGGGGUGGGAGCAGGGAGGUUUGGACUUCUCCACAAACCAGCAGGAGGAACCGGAUAAUGCAAAAACAUGUGACACUAGCAAUCAAAAGACUUCUCAUGUCUCUGGUAUUAUGCACUCAUCUGCUCCUGAAAACACAACAAACUCUAUGUCAAAAUGUCCAAAUAUUACAGACUCUGCUAGUGUAGCUCUGCCCAACAACACUACCCCAGUCCCUACGCCUGAUAAAGUCCAAGCUAUGGCUCCAUCAUCUCCACCCGCGCUGUUAUCAAUGGCCCCAUCCUCUGCCCUGACCACUCGAGCUGGAGGAGAACCUCUUAUCCAGGAGCCGGCCCAGGGGGACCUGCCUCAUGGGAGUCCCUGUCCCAGCCCAAACCCCAGCAGCGCAGAGCCCUCAGGUGAUUCCAGCGGAGAUGAAAGCACCCCUGUGGCUCAGCUUCCUGACUGGAUGGCUCCUGGGGAGCAGGUGUGGGUGGGAAAGAGGAGAGGAAUGGUCCACUAUGUUGGAGGGGUGGAGUUUGCCAAGGGGAUCUGGGUUGGUGUGAAGCUAGACUUGGCAGUGGGUAAGUUUUCACAGAUUUUGCCAAAUCUAACUCUCACUUAGUCCUGUGACAGAUACUUCUAAUUGAUGAUGUAGUUACAGCUCAUUCAUCAUAUGUCAAGUUGGAUUUAAAGUGACACCACCAUUGCUCAGUUUUUUUUUUCACCAGGGAGAAUUGACGAGUAUUUUAAAUGAAUUCUACCAAUCUUUAUAAUGUUCUUCUUCAUGUUCCUAAAUAGAGAAAAAAUCACAGCAGUCUCACUAAAGGGUGUUCUGUUGCACUGAGUAUUAGAACAGCCGUGACACUGUCAUUGGCUGGGGCUGUGCAGAUGUACAGUACUACAGGUGGCACCUAUUAGUCAGGGACCAGGUACUUUGUAAUGUGUUUUAAUCUGAACGUUUCUAUUUACCAUAAAGCCCGUAAAGUGGGACUCAGUUGACAGCAAACAUCGACCUCCUAUUUUGAGGGGUGAGGUUGGAGUUUACAGAAGUGCAAAAGAAAAUUUUUGGCCAGAGAUAAAAUCCAAAUUUUUUUCUCUGAAAACUCUAUUUUAAAUUUUUUUAUUCAGCCACAACUUCACUAAACUUCACUUUUAUAAUUUUUUUAUAAGUUUUUCUAUCAUCUGUCAAAACGAAACCACUGAAAACAAUGUAGUGCAUAUGCCAAGCCAGUAGGUGGCGCUGUAACGCUGCCAAACGCUACCAAUUCCACACGACUGACUUGCUCUUGCCCUAUUUAGCCACAAAAUUAUCACCUUCUCUUGCAAACGCCAUGUUUGUUUACACUGGUGUGUGUGGGAACUGGGGAGUGCUCCUGCAGGAGGGGGGAGCCUACGGUGGCCUGGAGGCGCGAGACAUGGUAGAGAGGGAAAUCGAUUUGAUGAUUUUAAUUUUUUUAAACAUCGUUAUUAUCAAAUAAUCACAAUUUAAAAUCGAUUAAUCGUGCAGCCCUAGUGCUUUGUUGAUCCUUUUACAUAGAGCAAAUCACAUCAAAUAAUAUUCACCACUUAAAUUUUGACACGUUUGCUCAGGAUCUGUCACACAGUCUUUAUUUGUCCAGGUAAUCUUGAGCUUUAUUGGUGCCUGAAAGUUAACUCUUAACUUUGUGGUUUGUGGAAAUCAUGAAAUCUGGGGAAUGGUGGUUACCUCCCUGCAUGUCCUGUCCUGUCCUGUCAUUCAGGCCUCUCACGCCCUCAGGAGCCUAGUAUUUCUCAGGCUCUGAUAUUCAAUGUAGAAAUCAAUUGCAUGCUCUUGACCCUUACAAAUCAAACAUUCAGCUCUGAUGAAGCCUCGUGGUUGACUCUCUUUCAGGGAAGCACAACGGGACUGUCCAAGGCAGAGUCUACUUCCGCUGUCCCCCUGGCCACGGUGUGUUUGUGAAACCAUCUCGCCUCACCAGAGGACCGCCCAACAUGGACACAGAACCCCAGACUGUGAUCAGAUAGGACCCAAAGACGGACCAGCUUUCUUUUGCAUAGCAGGGGCCACAAGGAGGGGUCCUCAGAUCUAGUGCCUCAAACCACAGACUGACUUAUGUGUGGCUCCUCUUCCUCUAUCCCUUUGACCACUCAAGUCUCUGAGCUGAUGUAUUCUGUGGCUGUUUUUUGCUUUCCUGAAGCAUAUCUGACCUGUACUUUUAAUGAAGAUAUACCUGAUUUACUGUCCACUGAAAAUCACUAUGCACAUAUCUGGGUUUUCUACAUGGUAAUAUUUUUGAUAGGAAACUUUAAACUGGGAGUCCAUAUGGAAACAUUACUCAUAUAAAUUUUCCUACAUCGGUUUCUGAACAUUAUUAUUAUGUAAUAUUUUUGUAAGACGUUGCAUCCUCCCCUGAGGCUCAUAGUGGAGAAAUCUGGGAUAUGAAGAAAAAGAAUGUACUACUGUUAAUUAACAUUGAUAUUUACAUCAAUUUGUUUUGUCAGGGGUAACCAAAGAACUACGGUUCCAUAUCUGCUGUUAUGAGUAAUGUGUUAUUUUUCUAAUGUAUGUAUGUGGAGAUGAAUAUUCUAAAAGUAUAUCUGUGUAAAAGUAAAGCUUAGUGCCAUAUCUCUAGGAGUAAUGCCACAUACCCUGAACAGAGGACAAAUCUGCAAAGCCCUGUGCUGCUUUCAGUGUUUGACUGCAGUUAUGAUGUUAAAUAAUCCUGUUGAAGUACUGUAACACUGUAGAGGAAAUAAUCCCCAUCCAGCAUGAGACUGUUGCUGUUUGAAAGCUUGCACUGGAAAGGUUUAUUUGUGGGUUCAACGACUGUCUUCCAUAUUGGACUGAUGAAAUAUUUUCCGACUUUAAGCGACUGAAAAACCAUUAAUCAUCACUUUAAACUGGGGUAGCAAGUCUGAGGCCUGAGUAUACCAAUGCCUUAACAUCCUGUUUCCUCCCCCAAGCUACCUAUUUUAACUCCAUACCGACUUCACUGAGUUUUAAAUUAAUUGUAUGGACCUGAAACCUGUGUGUGUGUACAUCAUGGUGCCCAAAAGCAUUCAAAAUGCCUCCCAGAGUUAUUGACAAACCAGCUUUUACUUCAUUGCAAAUCACAAGUUAACAGACCAGUAUAUGACACUACAUGUUACAAGGUACUCAACAAUGCACUUUUUUUCUCAUGGAGGAUUGGAUGCUUGGGUAAAGGACAGUAUCAGGUUACAGAAGAUGGUGCACAAUUUGUUAAGAGGUGAAGAGUUUACUUGUGAUGGAAGUGGUGAACUGUGGAGCUGUUCAGAAUUAACCGUAUAUCCGAGCUGUACCGUCAUAUAAAUGAAACAAACCCAAGACCUUACUUUAAAGAAGAGAACAAAGCUGCUCUCCCUCAUAAGGAGCUGUAAAUAGAAAUGUAUUUGAAGAUAGUAUUUACACUAUUAUAAUGUACAGAAUUGUAUUUAUAAUGUAUCUCGAACUGUUUUAAUUGGUACAAAAUGUUCUAGAAUAGAACAUUUACAAUCA